AUGCGGCCACCACCACCACCACCACCACCACCACUGCGGUUGUGUGCGGCGCACCCAUCCAACCACCUAGUGGUGCAGGAGUUGCUUCUGCACGCCGCGCUGGGCCGGAAACACUUCUUCGUUGGGGAUCGGCACGCCUAUCUGAAGCUGGCGAAACAUAUUGCACAACUACCAUCUACAUGUGCGGCGGCCUUGGCGGAUAUUUCCUCCCGUCGUGGCCCCGCAUGGACACCGUGGCGACAGAAUGCGCCUCGCCACGUCGUGUGUGAACGCAUCGGCCAGCAGUAUCCAUACGAGACGAAGCGGGCACCUGUAUUCUACGACGACGCGGCGAUGCAUCAGCAACGCAUGGAAGGGCUCCUGCAGCCGCACGGGUUCCGCGUGGCGCUCGUGGGUACGCUGCGCUGCGGGUGCCCAGUGGCCCCGCGGGCGUUGUUUCUGCUGACGCGCGACACCCCGGAUAGUAGCUUUCUUACGGAGCAGGACAAGAGCAACAGUAGCAACCCCGACCUUGACACUCAUGUGCUCUUCAGACGCGCUGUGAGAGGCCUUGGGGCGACGGGAUAUAUCAAGUCAAUUGUCACGAAGAACAUCCGAAUGUAUGGCGGUGUUGUGCCACGCUACGUGUGCGCUGCAGAGCGGCCACACUGCGGCCCCGAUCCCUUCUGCUGCAAGUAUGAUAGCGCACAGGAGCUGGUGCUGUCCUGGGCACCACCGUGUCGCUUUCAUGUACGGCGCUUCUUCCUCACCGGCCCGCGGCCAUUCGUGGCACACCUUAUGCUGCUGGCGCACGUGAUGGGCUAUGAGUUGAUGCACGACGGGCUCUACCGGUGGCCCCACAGCGGCGCGCGUGAGCUGGUUGCACUGCGCAGCGAGAAGGAUCUCUUCACGACGUUGCAGAUACCGUACGUGGAUCCACUUCACCGCCAUGCCUAUUGCCGCCUUCACAACUUGCUCUAG